AUGAACUCAGAUCAUGUGUAUUUGUUCUGCCCUUUUCUCUAUUUCGCGAAAUUCUCUCUACUUUUUGAUUGUUACCUCAAAUAUUCAAGUUUCAAAAAAUUCCAGAAAAAUGAGUCAGCAUUUUUCCGACGGAGCCUAAUUGAUAGAAGUGGAGAAAAUUUCAAAUGUCUUCGUGGGAAUGAUAGCUGCCAAUUGAAGUAUUCGGGAAAAUUUUACUGUAAAAAAUGCCGUCUGAAAAAGUGCUGUGAAGUUGGAAUGAACCCGAAAUAUAUCCAACACAACCGAGACAAAAUAAAAUCCUCUCCUUCGCCUCCUCAAUCCAUAUCCACGCUGGUAGGCCGUCCAUCCUACAUCAUUCAUUGCUCACCCGUUGCCAACGCCUCCAAAAUUACAAUAGUGGAUGUAACCUAUCUAAUCGAUAAAGCCAAUGAUUGCUUAGAUUACGGGCCGGCCCUUCUCAACAAGAAACUCAAAAUUCUGGAUAAAAUGAACAUCGCGAGCGAGUUUUUAGACUCAUUUGAGGCUUCAGAGUACUCGAAAAUGGACCAGAUGACACAGAUUUCAGUCUUGGACAAGAAUUUUUUCAUGCAUUUUUGGGAAGUGGACUUUUUGAAAACUGCAAAAUGGCUGAGCUUUUUGGAUGGAUUUGAAAAGAUACCAAGGGCAAUUCAGAUUCAAAUCAUAAUGGCCACGUGGCACCUUCGAGCCAGAAUCGAUAGGUUGAGCAAAACAGCGAAACUUCGAAAACAAAUGAAAAUUGGAGAAACAGAUUUCAUGAUGAGUACAAAUGCUUGUCUAGAUUUGAAGACUUGCAAACUUGAUAUCUCCUGGUGUAGCGACUAUCCGAAUGAGCAGAUUCAGUUUUUCUUAGAAGGCUCCGAUGAUUGGGUGCACAACAAGGUAGUAGAUCAAAUGGAAGAAUUGAGUCCGUCGGAAAUCGAAAUUGCAUUUAUGACUUGUCAAUUUUGUUUUCAUUACGCUGGAAAAAGACUUCAAGGAUAUAUUUUAACAGAAAUGGAAAAAUAUCUGGACCUGAUUUCCAAUGAUUUGCAUAGGUAUUAUCAAGAGAAUGGAAUAAAAAAUUAUUUGGGACGAAUUACUAAAAUGAUGAAAAUCAAUAAUUGGAUUCAGCCACCCCGUUUGGGCAAGUCCCUGUCCUUUCCGUCGACGAAACUGAAAUCCCCCCAGUCCAUGGCCAUCAUCCGCUACCUGGCCAACCAAUUCGGAUACGCUGGAAAGUCUCCAGAAGAGAAAGCUUGGGUGGAUGCAAUUGUGAACCAAUACAAAGAUUUCAUGUCCGCAUUCAUGCAAUUUGUUUUGGCCCAGCACAAUGGAAAGCCUGCGAUGGAGGUUGAACGGCUUAAAAUUGAAGUUUACGCUCCAGCCAAGGAGACUUAUUUGAAUAUACUGAAUGGACUUUUGGAAAAGAGCAAAUCUGGAUUCUUGGUCGGCAAUGGGCUCACUUUUGCUGAUUUGGUGGUUGUGGAGAAUUUGUUCAGUUUGGAAAAGAAUCAGCAUUUUGUGGCUGCUGAGCACCCCAUAUUGUUGGCACUCAAGGAAAAGAUUUAUGGGAUUCCAGCGAUCAAGCAGUACGUGGAGAGUCGUCCAGAUACUCAAUUCUAA